AUGCGUACCUACGACGAUACCUUCAGCGGUGAGAAGAUCUACCCUGGGAAGGAAGUUGCUAAGAAGCGUACCCGCCGCACCGUCAAACACCAACGUGCCAUCGUUGGUGCCUCCCUUGAUGUGAUCAAGGAACGCCGAUCUAUGCGCCCAGAGGCCCGUCUCGCUGCUCGCCAGGCUGCUAUCAAGGAAGGAAAGGAAAAGAAGCAAGCUGCUGAGAAGCAAAAGAGAGAGAAGGCCCGCACCGCUGCCGCUGCUUCCAGAGGACAGACUUCCAGAAUCCAGAGCAAACAGGGUGCUAAGGGUUCAGCACCAAAGGUCGCCGCCAAGUCUCGUUAA